AUGACUGACAUCACAACAGCGUCAGAAACUUCAGCUACAACAGAUCAAGUCUCGACUUCAGCUGAUGCUUCAACUACAGCAGAGCCUACAACAAAUUCAGAAAGUCCUACAACAACAAAUGUAUUAACUACAACGGACUUUAUAACUUCAGAACAAACAACUUCAACUACGACUGACAUCACAACAGCGUCAGAAAGUUCAGCUACAACAGAUCAAGCCUCGACUUCAGCUGAUAAAUCAACUACAGCAGAAAGUCUCAGAACUGCAGAUGUAAUAAUUACAACGGACAUUACAACGUCAGAACAAACCACGUUACCUACGACUGACAUCACAACAUCGUCAGAAACUUCAGCUACAACAGAUCAAGUCUCGACUUCAGCUGAAGCUUCAACUACAGCAGAGCCUACAACAAAUUCAGAAAGUCCUACAACAACAGAUGUAUUAACUACAACAGACUUUAUAACUUCAGAACAAACAACUUCAACUACGACUGACAUCACAACAGCGUCAGAAAGUUCAGCUACAACAGAUCAAUCCUCGACUUCAGCUGAUCCUUCAACUACAGCAGAACCUACAACAAAUUCAGAAAGUCCCACAACAACAGAUGUCUUAACUACAACAGACAUUACAGCUUCAGAACAAACCACGUCACCUACAACUGACAUCACAACAGCGUCAGAAACUUCAGCUACAACAGAUCAAGUCUUGACUUCAGCUGAUCCUUCAACUACAGCAGAGCCUACAACAAAUUCAGAAAGUCCCACAACAACAGAUGUAUUAACCACAACAGACAUUACAGCUUCAGAACAAACCACGUCACCUACGACUGACAUCACAACAGCGUCAGAAACUUCAACUACAAAAGAUCAAGUCUCAACUUCAGCUCAUACUUCAAUUACAGCAGAGCCUACAACUAAUUCAGAAAGUCCCAAAACAACAGAUGUAUUAACUACAACGGACAUUACAGCUUCAGAACAAACCACGUCACCUACGACUGACAUCACAACAGCGUCAGAAAGUUCAGCUAAAACAGAUCAAGUCUCAACUUCAGCUGAUACUUCAACUACAGCGGAGCAUACAACAAAUGUAUUUACUACAUAUAACAUCACAACAGCCACUCAUACUUCAACUACAACAAGAGUCUCAGCUUCUGCUCAUCCGUCAACAACAACAGUAACGGCAGGAACAAGCUCUACUCUAUCAACAACCAAGUCCACAACUGCGAAACCUAAUAAUCCAUGUUAUAAUGGUGGAACUCCAUAUCCAAACAAUGAUGGUUGUUUUUGCCCUACUGGCUUCACGGGCAGAUUUUGUAGUAAUGUUGACAAGGAAAUUAAUCCUUCAGCGUUCAAAAGGGUUGUCCGUGUUAUGGUAGAUGUGCGUGAAACUUUUGUCCCAGAAUUUAAUAACACAUCAUCUGACAAAUAUAAAGUGUUUGUGUCCUACUUCACAAGUAAGAUGCAACCCUACUAUAAAGAAAGAGUUCAGAACUUCAGCAGUACGGAAGUCAUAAAGCUAAGUGAGGGAGUAGAUCUAUCAAAAAGAAGAAGAAGUUUGGCAUUGACGAAAGUGUCACGAAGUGUGAAGGUUCACCACGAUGUUAUGGUUAAUAUUCCAAACGACAACAAUUUCAACAGCAGUUAUAAGGAUAGUUACACAGAGGUGAUAAUAGCUCUUCUAGCCUUAAUAAACGGCACAGCUGACGUAGGCAUCCCCAUUAUUAAUUAUAACGCAUCAGAGAUUGAAUUUAAUGCCACAGAAUCGUGUGAAGCAGCUACAGCAGUUCUUCCUGAAGGAUACAGGAAGUAUUAUGCACCAUUUAUACUCCCAGGCAAAGUGAUGUGUGUGAGUCAAUGCCAUCAAGGACAUCCACGUCCCAAAAUGUGUUUCAACAACGGCACAUGUGAAGUUUCUCUCAAAGGUCCAUCUUGCUAUUGCCUUUACACUGAUGUUAUGUGGUACUUGGGAAAGGACUGCAGCUACACAGUUAACAAAAUCGGAUUCUAUGCUGGAACAGGAGUGGUGGCACUUAUAUUAGUAAUAACUGUAGCAGUACUGACAGCUUAUGUUGUAAUAAACAAAAGGAAGGUUACAAGGAGUAAGGACAUCAAGCGAGAGCUAGUGAAUAAGUGGUUAGAAGAUGACGUUGAGUGGCCAACACAAAGAAAUACAUUAUACUCAGUUUCCAGAGGACCACAUGAUAACCCAACGUUUUCACAGGAGGACUCUUAUAGGAGGGACAGUUUGGGAAUAUGUAGAACAAAUCUCUCAGAAGAUCAAACCUACAGUCAAUAUUCUACACCUGAAACAGACACUCAGCCUUACAAUUUUCAGAGGGAUGUGAGAAUUGACAGGCCUCAGAUCCGGUCAUCGUUUGAUAUUUAAUUUAAAACUUCAUCACUUAUUUGUUGGUUUCU